GACUUGAUGACAGAGGUAAAUACCUGCUUGGAAAAAUUACAACUGAAAUGGGACAAAUUGGCUGGCGUAACAACAGAUGGUUGUCCAAAUCUGACGGGGAAAAAUGUGGGACUUUUGAAAAGAAUGCAGGAUAAAGUAACCGAAAUAAACCCGGAGCAGAAGUUGACAUUUUUGCACUGCAUAAUUCACCAGGAGGUGUUGUGCAAGACUGUGCUGAAAAUGAACCAUGUCGUUGACGUAGUUACGAAAGUGGUUAACUUCAUCAGAGCCAGAGCGUUAAACCACAGGCAAUUUGUGGCACUUCUGGAGGAGAGCGAGAGCGGGCAUGGUGAUGUGGGCUACCACUGCACGGUCAGGUGGCUCAGCCUUGGAAAAGUCCUGAAAAGUGUGUGGGACCUGAGAGACCAGAUUCAGGAUUUCUGCGCGCAGAAGGGACAUGCCAUUCCGGAGUUCUCAGAUGAGGAGUGGGUGGCAGACCUCGGAUUCGCUGUGGACGUGACUGCACUGAUGAACGAGCUGAAUGUCAAGCUUCAGUGCAAGGGUGUGUUCGUCCAUGAAAUGUACUGCGCAGUGAAAGCUUUCAUGAGAAAAUUACAGCUUCUCUCAAACCAGGUGAAGGAGAGGGUUUUGACUCACUUACCAACACUGAAAGCAGCGACAAAGGCGGCUGAUCGCCUCCAGAAAUACUCAAAGAUGUUGAAUGCACUGCAUGGCGAGUUUUUGAGGCGAUUUCAAGAUUUCAAGAAUCUGGAGAGUGAGAUGCAACUGGUCUCGUCUCCCUUCAGCUGCAGUGUGGAAAAUGCCCCAAGUGACGUCCAGAUGGAGCUAAUCGACCUGCAGUCUGAUCCCCUCCUUGCAGAGCACUUCAGGUCAGUCUCCCUGCUGGAGUUUUACUCCUCCCUCAAAGAAGAGAGCUUCCCACACAUGAGGAGGCAUGCACAGAGGAUUCUAGUCCUGUUUGGAUCCACAUACGUUUGUGAACAGACAUUCUCAGUGAUGAAGUUCAACAAAUCCAAACACAGAUCCUCCAUCACUGAUGAGCACCUGUCUGCAGUACUUCGCAUAGCAACCUCAGACAUUCAGCCUGAUUUCAAUGCUCUUGUUAAGGCCCAGAACAGACUGGAUUAUUCUCACUGAAGACUUGAUAUGAAGAGAAAUGAAUGCACUGAUUCAAUGAUUGUUUUUGUUUUCUUUAUAUAAUCUACUACACCACAAUUCUACAUAGCAUAUGGGUAAAUAUAAUACUAAUAUUAAAGAUGUAUUGUGGAUAUAAAGAAUAUUAAUGGCAUUCAACCUGAUUGCAAUACAUUUGUUCAGGCCCAGAGCAGACUAGAUUAUUCUCGCUGAAGACUUGAAAUAAAAUAUAGGCCUACUGAUUCAAUGAAAUGAAAUGAAUGCACUGAUUCAAAG